UAGCAUGUGGGGUAGCUACAAAAAGUAUAAAUACAGCUGCCAACUUCUUGAAUUGCAGAGCUCUCUGCAGACUCUGCAGUUUAUACUGCAAGGGCAACAGGCAAGGGAUGUGAAGGAGACCUUGGUUGUAGCAAAGACUGUAGAGACGGCAUUGCAACGAGUUGAUGAGAAUGUUGCGGUAUUAAAAGAAGAAGGGAUAACUGCUUUGAAGGAGAGCUUGGAUGAGGUAAGAAAUAUAGGGGCGAUGGUCCAGCGGAUUGAUAAGAAAUGUGAGGUACGGGACCAAAUAGAUUGUGAAGUACCUGAACCUCCAUUGGAUACAGUUGGAUUGUGUGCGCCUUUGACGGAAUUGAAGAUAAAGCUUCUUAAAAAUAAUAAUGUGUCAAUGCUUGUGCUAACUGCUCCUGGAGGCUGCGGCAAAACCACAUUGGCGACAAAGUUUUGUCAAGAUGAGGAAGUCAAAGAUAUAUUCAAGGACAAUAUCUUCUUCGUUACUGUUACAAAGAAGUCAACCUUCAACCUUAUUGUACAAGGACUACAUCAACGCAAGAGUAUCGACGUACCUAUGUUCCAAGAUGAAGUAACUGCUGUUAAGUGGCUGCGGAAAUUUCUAAUGGAAGAAGGACAGAACCUUGUACUGUUGGUCCUGGAUGAUGUUUGGUCUGAAUCAAAAUAUAUUCUUGAAAAAUUUGAUGAAGUGAAAAUGCCAAAUUUCAAGAUUCUGGUGACAUCAAGAUCACAGUUUCCAGAAUAUGGCUCAAUUUAUCAUCUAAAGUCAUUGAAUGAUACAGAUUCAAUGACUCUUUUCCGCCAUUCAGCAUCCCUGGGAGAUGGUCAACGGAAUAGUCUUGCUAGAGAGAUAAUAGCGCCUUGCAAGGGCUAUCCACUUGCAAUUAAAGUGGUUGGAAAAUCACUUCGCAGAAAACCGAUUGUGUUUUGGCGUAAAAGAGCAUGGGAGUGGUCUAGAGGUGAUUCUAUUAUUGAUUCUGAGACUGAAGUGCUUCGUUGCCUUAAAAGUAGCUUAGAUGCCUUGGAUGAAAAAGAAGUUGUCAUCAAAGAAUGUUUUUUAGACCUUGGUUCAUUUCCCCAAGACCAAAGAAUUCCAGCAGCUGCUCUGAUUGAUAUGUGGGCAGAGUUGUAUAAAGAGCUUGAUAAAGAUUUUCUGGCCAUUGCAAAGAUAUACGAGCUUACCACCCGAAGUUUGGCUGAUCUUGUAGUAACAAGGAAGGAGACAGUGGAGGAUGAUGAGACACUGGAGGAUGAUGACUACUACAGUGAACACUUUGUCACCCAACAUGAUAUGCUCAGACAGCUAGCUGUCUACCAAGCGAAACUAGACCCAAGUAAAAAACGACUGAUCAUAGGCAACCGUGGAGACAAUCUACCUAAGUGCUUGACUGAACAGAAGCAUCAACCGAUUAAACCUCGCCUGUUAUCUAUCUCCUCUGAUGAAACGUUCUCGACAAACUUGCACAACAUUCAACUAGCGGAUGUUGAGGUUCUAGUUUUGAAUUUCAACACAAAGAGUUAUGCUUUACCUGAAUUUGUGGAGAAAAUGGUUAAUCUGAAGGUUCUAAUAGUCACAAAUCAUGGUUUCAUACCUGCUGAAUUGAGUAAUUUUCACCUACUGGACUCUUUACCAAAUCUGAAGAGAAUCAGACUAGAGCGUGUUUCAAUUCCUUCUAACCCAAAUGCCUUCAACACUGAGGACGCUGUAGCUGAAGCUGUAGAGGCAGAAGCUGCUGAGCCCGCUCUUAAUAUGGCUGGUCAGGAACCUCUUCCCCCUGCCCCCCAAGUUACUGAAGCCGGAGGAUUGGGAAACCUUCCUGAACCAAUGCCAGAGGCAGCACCUGUCGCUGAACCUCCUGAGUUGAAGAGUUUAAAGAAGAUCUCUUUAUUCAUGUGCAGUAUUGGUGAAGCCUUCAGCAAUUGCUCCUUCCAAAUUUCAAAUGCAUUGCCAAAUUUAGAGGAACUGAAUAUUGACUAUUGCAAGGAUUUGGUCAAAUUGUCUGACGAGCUCUGCAAUCUGGUUAGCCUAAAGAAGCUCAGUAUCACCAACUGUCAUAAGCUAUCUGCCUUGCCUCAAGAGAUUGGGAAACUGGAGAAGGUAGAAGUUUUGCGGCUAAGGUCUUGUACGGAGUUGGUAAAACUUCCAUGCUCAGUUAAAGACCUAAAGAGAUUAGAUUUUCUUGACAUAUCUGAUUGCUUCGGCAUUGUGGAGUUGCCUAAAGACUUUGGUGGAAUGAGCAGUUUAAGAAAGAUCAACAUGAGACAGUGCUCUAGAUUGAAAGAGCUCCCCUUAUCAAUUUUGUUUCUUCAGAAACUAGAUGAAGUGAGAUGCGAUGAAGACACAGCAGGGCUGUGGGGACCCUUUUUAUCCGGACUUUGCAACGUAGUUGUAAGGGCAGUCAAAGAAGAAUUCACCCUAGAUUGUCUUUAA